CCAAGGAAAACACUUUCUGUAUCUCUUCAUCGUCUACUAUAUUAGUGGCAUCUCCCUCUCUCUCUUUCUCUCUUUAUUCUUCUUCUUCCUUAAUAGUAUAUCAACAAGAUCAGAUCAACGGAGGUUUAUCUAUCUAUCCUCAAAAUCCCACUGAUCGGUCUGUCCCAUCAAUCAAUCUAAUCCACAAAGAGAUAAAGCGAGAGAGAGACAGAGAAAAAGAGAGAAUCAACAAAAAUGUCCGCCUCAUCCACUGCCUUUUCUCCGGACCACCUCUCCCCCUCCGACCAGCUAUGUUACGUCCAUUGCAACUUCUGUGACACUGUCCUCGCGGUGAGUGUUCCUUGCACUAGUUUGUUCAAGACCGUCACCGUUCGAUGUGGCCACUGCACCAACCUCCUGUCGGUCAACAUGCGUGGCCUGCUUCUUCCAGCAGCGGCCAACCAGCUUCAUGUUGGACACGCUUUCUUUACACCUCAAAAUCUUAUGGAGGGUAUGCGAAGCGCACCAUCAAAUAUGAUGAUGAAUCAACCCAACCCAAAUCAGUCAAUUAUGCCAAUUCGAGGAGUUGAGGAGAUCCCUAAGCCUCCAGUUGUUGCCAGACCUCCGGAGAAGAGACAGAGAGUCCCAUCUGCCUACAACCGCUUCAUCAAGGACGAGAUCCAACGAAUUAAAGCUGGGAAUCCUGAUAUAAGUCACAGAGAGGCCUUUAGUGCUGCUGCAAAGAAUUGGGCCCACUUCCCACACAUCCACUUCGGACUUAUGCCUGAUCAACCCGUGAAGAGAACUACCGUCCGUCAACAGGAAGGAGAGGACGUGCUGAUGAAAGAUGGGUUUUUUGCUCCUGCCAACGUUGGUGUCUCCCCCUUCUAGGAAGUGUUAGUGUUCCUUUGCAUGCGUUUCUCGAUCUCUUCUAAAACUGUGCUGUUAGAACUUAGGCGUCUGAUUUUAAUUAAGUUUCUAGUAAUGGGACUGUUUAUCUAAAAUUUGGUUAAUUUGCUUGGUUUAUGUUGCAUUUGUAUAUGUGGGGGGAGCAUUUUGAAAGUGAACUAAAUGUUGGUGGACCCUGACAUUUAAUUUUCCCAGCUUUGGCCAUUCUAAACAAGAAUGCUAACGAUGUUGUAUUUUGUAGCA